AUGUAUCAACUGAUGGAUCUAUUUGCUCUUCCUGAAAUUACACUUUUAGCCAAUGUCACAGAGUAUUUUAUCAAGAACAGUAUUCCUUUUGAUCCAGAAUAUGUCUUCCAUGAUGUCAGGACUGCAGUACAGGAUAUUCACUUAUCUGGUUUGCUUCACCAGGAAAUAAUGUCAAACUUAGGAAAAUACUUGCAGAAAGGCCCAGAAGUUUUAUUAUUGUUACAGAGGCUUACAGAAGCUAAGAAGAAGUUGUUUCUGAUUACAAACAGUGGAUUUCCCUUUGUGGAUGCUGGGAUGCGUUACAUUGUUGGUCCUGAUUGGCAGAGCCUCUUUGAUGUAGUUAUUACAAAUGCCAGAAAGCCUAAAUUUUUCAAUGAAGCAACCAGACCAUUCCGGAUCUAUGAUGCCAAAACUGGUACACAGUCUUGGGAUAGAGUCCACAAGCUGGAAAGAGGGAAAAUCUAUCAACAGGGUAACUUCUCAUUACUACGACAGAUGACUGGGUGGUUUGGCUCUAAGGUUUUCUAUUUUGGUGAUCAUGUUUACAGUGAUUUAGCUGACGUUGCACUGAGACAUGGCUGGAGAACAGGUGCUAUCAUACCCGAAUUGGAGAAUGAGAUUGAUAAAAUCAAUACAGUGGAGUACAAGUCAGCUGUUCGGUGGGGAAUGGUAUUACAGCAAAUGGUUGAAUAUUGUCAGGAUGGAGCUGCAUCAAAUGAAAAGGAAAUUUUGAAAGAGUGGUUGAUGGAACGGGAUAAUGUCAGGACAUAUGCCAAGCAGAUGUUCAAUCCACAUUUUGGGAGUGUUUUUCGUACACACCACAACCCAACAUAUUUUUCACGUCGCCUUUCUCGAUUUGCGGACCUCUACAUGUCAAAUCUGACCAACUUGCUGCGAUAUUCAAUUGACCACACCUUCUACCCACGUCGACUAGCACUACCACAUGAGUCACAACCGUUUGCCAGUAUGUUUACCUGA